GCGUCCGCCCGGAUUCUGGGCUCGAUCCGAGGAAUCUGCCGGUCGGGCAGAUCGUGAAGGUUACUGGGAUGGUUACUUGUGGUGCUGCUCCUCUUGAAACAUCCUAUCAGAACAUUUCUAGGUGUGUCUAUGUAUCUACUGAGUUGUAUGAAUAUCGAGGUUGGGAUGGCUUGCCUGUAGAUUCCAAGCAUAGGCCAUUUUCAUGGGGUUUGAGACAUUCAGAGAGACACGUAUCAGAUUUUUAUAUAUCUGAUCCAAAUUCGGGGACAAGAUUUCUCGUGAGGGCGGGAAAUGGAGCCAGAGUGGUUUCUUUUGUUAAACCUGCAACCAUCGUGGAAAUGACCAAGAAAAAUAAAGAGCUAAAUCCAAAUUUUCUAACCUGGCUGGCGGAGCAUAAUAUUUCCGGUGAAAGCCGGGUACUGCGCCUUGAAGAAGGAUUUAUUAAAGAGGGUGGCACUGCAAGUGUGAUGGGAAUUCUCAGGAAGCAUGAGAGUCUAACGAUUAUCGAUCAACCCAGAGACAUCAUUUCUACCGGUUGCCAGUGGCACAGAUGUUUCUUUCCACUGCAUGUCGAAGGCCUAAUCCUCAUAGGAGAUAGAUCACCAGAAGCAGUAUGCCAUGUGUAAAUACUUUCAUAUUACAUCAUCCUCCAGCCUCUGGAGAUAGAACUAAAAUUAUUAGAAAACGAAAAUAUGUAUUCUUUUUCUAACCUCUAGGGGGAAAUAAGGUAUUUAAAUAGGUUCUGGUGAUGUACAUUUUGAUGUACAUAUAAAGGGUUGUGAAUGU